AUGCCAAAGCUGUCGCAGCUUACACACUGGACCGGUUCCAACGCUGGCAGGAAGGGGAACGCAUGUCUCUUUGGUCGACUCGCCCUGCCAGGCGCCCCGCCCGAACAGCUACCCCCAGCCUUGACGAGCAGAGGAGCUUGGCCAUCAGCCUGCCACGUGAGGGGUUCGACCGAAAAGCCUGCACUGCCUUGCUUUCAAAAGGCCUUUGUCCUGAGCCAGACGGUGGCAGCCCUUGCGGCUCUCCAUCCAAGGACCCCUGUGCGCGCUGGUCCCUCUAUUGCUGACCUCCCCAUUGUCCCCGAAGUUGCCCCAGACCUGGUGGCGCAAUGCUUGCGGGCCUUUCCGGCCGAAACUUCGCCAGGGCGCACGGGCCUUCGGGUCCAACAUUUGAAGGAUGCGUGUGUAGCAGGCGGCACAGAUGCCUUCCUGUCCCACUUGGCAGGCGUGGUGCAACUCUUGGCGCGUGGGCGCGCGCCCCACUUCGUGGCCCCUGUUUUGGCUGGCGCUGGCCUGGUAGCAUUGCCAAAGCCCAAUGGUGGGGUGCGUCCCAUUGCUGUUGGGGAGAUAAUGCGACGGCUCACGGGCAAGUGUCUCAUGAAGAUCGUGCGAGCUGAUGCCCACAACCAUUUCUGGCCGUUGCAGGUUGGGGUUGCAGUUCCUCAUGGGGCCGAGAUUGCCAUCCACACUGUCCGGGCGUGGCUCUGGCGGCACAGGACCUCCAAUGCCAAGGUGCUCGUCAAGCUCGACUUCGCCAAUGCCUUCAACCAGGUGUCGCGCACCACCGUCUUGCAAGAAGCGCGGGCACACUUUCCGGCUCUCGCGCGGUGGGCGACGUGGUGCUACGGGCAGCCGACGCGACUUCAAUUUGGCGGGCACCCAGUGGCCGCUCUCCUCCGGCAACAAGGGUUGGACAUCGCCGUGUUCUACCUGGACGAUGGUGUCUUGGCUGGGGACCUGGCUGCUGUCGCUGCGGCUUUGCAGCAACUUCAGCAACGCGCUUCGGCCGUGGGCCUCCACCUGAACUUGGCCAAAUGUGAGCUGGUGGUGGCUGGUACUGCUCCUGAAGCUGCGUUGCGCAACCAUUUCCCCGUGCCCUUGCUACAGACUGAGCAGGGCGCCGGCAAUUGGCCGGAGACUUACUUGAUGGGCUUGGGGGGCUUCCCGACCCUCAGGUCGCGCUCCGGCUCCUUCGGACAUGGCCUCGCCUUCAGCAUGUUCGAUGGCAUGGUCCGCAGAAGUUUAGGCGACUUUACUGGCAUCCACCUGACCGCUCAGCAAUGGCUCCAGGCUUCUCGCGGGCUAGCCUUUGGUGGCUUGGGGCUUCGGUCCUGUGAACAACAUGCGCCUGCGGCCUUUCUUGCUUCAGUUGGCUUUGGAUGCCAAUUUUUCUGUGGACGAAGCCAAAGCCUGGAGACGUUCAAGCAUGCCCUGGUCCAGUUGAACGCCGCCCUUCCACCUGACAAGGCCAUCACCACAGAGGCCGCCUUGGGAUCCAAACAAAGUACCCUUUCCGAAAAGUUGGAUGGGGCUAGGUGGGCCCACCAACUUCACCACGCCAGCAUCAUUGAGCAAGCGGUGCUCCGCUCCGAAUCUUCUGUUGGUGCCCGUGCCUUCCUUUCUGCCCUUCCUCACGGCCACGGUCGCAUGGAGCCAGCUGCCUUCAUCUCGGAGCGGGUCAGGCUUGGGGUGCCCGACUCUGAUGCCGAUGCUUGGUGCCCGCGUUGGGAUGGCAUCUCGGAUCGCCAGAGCCAUCAUGCUGGAACCUGUGUGGCCGGUGGCGAGCGGACCCAGCGCCACCACGCCAUACGCAACUUGGAGUGGGCAUCCCAAGCGGGGCUCCGGCCUGAAAAGGAGGCCCCCCACCUCCUGUUGCCACAGAGCCCUGAUGAUACUUCGACGCCCCAACGCAGGCCAGCUGACCUCUUCAUACCGGCCCUGGCGGGUUCCCCUGCUGCUCUUGACUUUGCUGUCACAGCAACUACGCGGCAGGAAACCUUAGCCUCGGCCAGCCAAAUAGAAGGAGCUGCGGCGGCUGCCUAUGCACACCAUAAAGAGACCUACUUGGCCACUGCUCAAACUUGUGAGCGGCAGGGCGUCCUGUUCCUGCCCAUGGUCGUUGAAACCACUGGCAACUGGGAUGCUCGUGCCUACAAGGUUUUGCGGCACAUCGCGCAAGGGGUGGCCAGCCGCACUGGCACGGAUCAUGCGACAACCUUGUCUACGCUCCUUCAAGAGGCCAAGGUGGUAGUGCGGGGCUUUCGAGCCAGGGCGGCUUUGCGCCGUCGGGCAGAAUUGGCAUCUCAAUAG